AAUUUAGUUAAUGUCUCGUUGUGUGUUAUUGUUCGACUCCAUAUCUCUGGGAUCAACAAGCCUCGUUAGAUCUUCAGAUUAAAAAGUCGGAUUUUGAAUAUUAUCUGUUAUUGUGUGAAGUUUGGAAUUACGUUCAAUAAUUCUAGAUUAGUAUAACUGGUGAUAAGUGAAUGUAAACUAUAACGCAUCGUGCUCUACGCCGACAACAGGCACCGCUCCUCAAACCUUCCUAUCAGCAAUACAGUUCUUUGCUGCAGCACAAUGUGUAAUGCCAGAGGAUCCAGUACCGAACCCAGAUAUACCAAAUUAUGAAAAAUUUGACUUCAUAAUCGUCGGAGCUGGAACGGCUGGCAGCGUGGUGGCAAACAGACUGAGCGCAAUACCAGAAUGGAAUGUUUUACUAAUAGAAGCUGGUGAUGAUGCACCAGUGGAGGCUGCUAUUCCUGCACUAGACAAAGGAAUGUUUCAAACGAAAUAUGAUUGGUCUUACUUAACCAAAAAUAAUGGAAGAACAAACGGAGCUAAUAUAAAUGGAUCCAUAUUUUGGCCACGUGGAAAAAUGAUUGGAGGAUGCAGUAACCUAAAUGCUAUGAUAUAUGCACAGGGAAGUGAUCAAGACUAUCAAAACUGGGUGGACCUUGGUAAUCCGGAAUGGAGUGUCGAAGAAGUUCGUCGGUGCUUUAGGAAAGCAGAAAAUUUUCAAGAUAUGAAAUUAUCUCAGAAUCCAGAAAUUUAUAAUCAUUAUGGACACAACGGGCCCCUAGUUAUUAACACAUUUAACACAACCUAUGGCGCAGUUACCCAAAGAAUUUUGUCUGCUUAUAACGACAGCGGUUUUAAAAAUGUACCAGAUUUAAAUGUAGCUCAGUCGUUAGGAUCUGGUGUAAUUAGAGCUACAGCUGCAUCUGGAAAGAGGCAAAGUCAUAGCAGAGCUUAUCUGGAUCCGAUACUUCAAAGGAAAAACUUAAAAAUUAUUAAAAAUAGCUUAGUAACAAAAAUUUUACUCAAACGAUUAUGUAAAACCGCUUAUGGUGUGGAAGUAGAACGAAAUUCGAAAAAAUAUACCUUUUUAGCCACCAAAGAAGUAAUUCUAAGUGCAGGUGCUGUAAAUUCUCCUCAAACGCUCAUGCUAUCUGGAGUAGGCCCAAAGUCACACUUGAAAUCUAAAAAUAUUCCUGUUUUAAUCGAUUCGCCGAAGGUUGGUCAAAAUUUGCAAGACCAUUGUAUAAUUCCCGUGCCAAUUUUUGGUGAUCAACCAGGACCACAAAAUGUAGCUGAUACACAGUUUGGAGCUAUUCAGUAUCUUUAUAAUCGUACAGGAUACUUAGCACAAAACAGUAUAGCUGACAUUUUAGCAUUUUAUUCGGAUGAUAUUAAUGCAACAUACCCGAAAUUUCAAAGUCAUGUUUCACUACUAUGGCAAAACAAUUCUAAUAUUCAACGGGCUCUUACAACUCGUUUUAGGCUCAAAGAUCAAGUAGCCCAGCCAUUGAUAGAAACGAACAAAAAUUAUACAUUAUACCUGUUCCUAUUUAAUCUUUUACAUCCAGAUUCUAGAGGAAACAUUUCUUUAAGUACUAAUAACCCGCGUGACUAUCCUAUUAUCAAUCCAAAUUAUUUUAUUGAUCCCGAAGAUUUGGAGUCAGCUGCAACCGGACUGAAAAUGCUUACAAAGAUGUUAAACACUACAGCUUUCCGAGAAAUCAACGCCUUUUUAGCAAGAAUGCAAUGGCCACCGUGUGAUGAUUAUGAAUUAGAUAGUAGAGAUUACUGGAAGUGUAUUUGUAUAGAGAUGGUACUAACCGUAUACCACCCUGUUGGAACAUGUCAGAUGGGACCUGACAUCAAAACCUCGGUAGUAGACAGUCGGUUGAGAGUCCAUGGAGCCCGAAACCUUCGUGUGAUAGAUGCCAGCAUCAUGCCAACACUGACCAGUGGUAACACUAACGGUCCAACUGGAAUGAUUGGAGAAAGAGGAGCAGAGUUGAUACUGGAAGACUACAAGAAAUUGUGAUUUAUUUCUACUUAAAAAUGAACAAUUUGUAAAUCUAUCAAAUAAGUUAUUUUUCCUGUAACUUUAUGUUAUUUUUCUCAUUUACUGCCAUAUUAAGAUUAACAAUGUAUGUAUCAUUUAAUGAUGUUAAUUGAAGACUUGUGUGUAGUUUGAAAAAAAACUAUUUUAAUUUAUAGCUGAAAAAAUAAAAUUUUAUAGUGGC